AUGCGGAUGAUUUUGAGAGCAGCGGCGGCGCUUCUGCUCGUCGCCACCGUACGGGCCUCACAUGUUUUCCAAGGUUCUUAUUUUAUUUGUUUUAUUUGCUUUUGAACUUGCCUUUCAUACCGUACAUCAAGAGAACCGGACAAAUAGAAUUCUUAUAAUUUUCAUUUUUGGAAAUUUAAAAAUUAUUUUCAAUGUUCAAGCUCCAAAAUGGAAGUAUCAUGAUAAAAAUAGCUUAUUCUGAACUUUUUCAAUAAAAUUCGAUCUGGUAAAAUCAUGAGAAAAAAUUAAUGAUCCUAGAAUUUUUUUAAAUUGAACCACAGAGAAAAAAAUGAUCUGUUCUUCAUUUUUAUCAUUGACUGAAGCUUAGAAAGUUGUUCAGAAGUUUGAAAAAACAAUAAAUCAUAACUUUUUUUGCUUUUUUUCCCACGAAUUUCUUUAUGUUUUUUUAAAAAGAUUUCAAUUUUUUUGAAGCCUAUAUUCGAUUUAAAAUCGGAAACUGUUUAGAGAUUUUCUGAAAUUGAAUUUUUUCUCUUAUUUUGGACCAUUUGAGGAGUUUGAAGUUUUUCCGUUGGACUCCAGUCGAAAAGCAAGACUCUGCGGUCCCAGGCUUAACCUCUGUCGCCCAUUUUUGAGUUCGACUCAAUCCUCUUUUCACUUGGCCUUGAUGAAUUGUCGCCCCUUCUUCUUUUCACGGAAUAAGCAGGGGACUUUUUAGCGAAGUUCUUAAGAGGACACUUAUCAUGUAGCCACUGGAGUGAAUAAUUGGCCUUUGAAAAGAAAAGCACUUGAAUGAUCAUUUGGGUUCUGAAGAGUAGAUCACUAGUGUGACUACUUGCUAUGAAAAGAAGCCAUCAAAGUUAUUACUCUUGCUUUGAAAAAAACCACUAGAGUGACUACUUGUUCUUUGAAAAGAAGACCACUGGAGUGACCACUUUUUUUUUUUGAAAAGAAGACCACUGGAGUUGAUUACUUGGGCCUUGAACAGAAGUUUUUCCAUUUAAAAAAUCCCAUAUGUUAUUUUGAAAAUACUAAUGAGUACAACUUUUCAGUGAUCUUUUCAAACUAAAAACUGUUUUUUACGUUUUUCCAUUCUUCUAAAAUCGGCUUCCGAAGUGAAUUUUCAGAGAUAUAUUACUAGGAAAUCCUUGACGGAGAGAAAAAGUGUCGCGUUUUUGACUUGGUUAGUGUUUGACAAGACGCGGCGGCGAAUAUUAGUUUAUGUCUUUUUUUUCACCUUUUCUAAGCGGUCUCUCAAGUGGCUAGGCAGUGGGAAAUCCAAAUUUUGAAAAACAGAAGUUGAUACUUCAAGGGAAGAUAAAAAAAUUUUUAAAAAUAUCUUUUUUUAAUCUCACAAUUUUGUCGUUUUUUUGAAGCUACAUAAGCUAUACUAUGUUUUUUUGACUUUAAAAAGACGAAUAAAAAAAUUUUUGAGAAAAAAAUAGGAUUUUCUAAAAACUCACGUAAAAAAAUUUCUUAAAACCAAGUCUGAUAUUUCCCUUUGUUUCUAUUUUUUUCCCAGAAAAAUCAAUAUAAACUUCUUUUUGAAAAAAAGGAUUUUUAUUCGAUUUUGCAUGAUUUUUUUGAGAACCCUACAAACUAGAAAAAAAAUUCGAUUUUAUCCCAACUUUCUUCAUCGACUUUUUGGAGUGAUUUUUUCAUAACCGAUAAAUUUUUGAUUCGAGAAAAAUCGAGGGCUCUACAGAAGUUACUUUUUAACAGUUCCGAUCCAGGAAUCCCUCUCCCCGAAUCCAAGUAAAACGCUCGAAAAAAAAAACACUUGAAAAUUAAUUUUAACGCGGUAAAAGCUUCACUCUCCAAGGCGAUAUUCAUUAUGGAUUCAAUAUGAUUAGGAACAGAGGCUUCGUCGUCAUAUUGGCCAUAUUGCGGACACGAAAACAACGAAAUGCCGUUGAUUGCGAGGCUCAUUUGUCGUUGUGAGGGGAUUAGGGUUUCGCCUGCCUUUUCCUUUGGUCAAGAGUCCCCCGCUUUUCGUGGAACGAUCUGGGAAACGGAUAGGAGAGUUUUUGAGGUGAAAUCGAAAAACUGGUUCGAAGUUCUGAGUAUGGGUACUCGAAAACAAAAGGAUUUAUCGGCUAAACGCCAUACUUAGGAACCCUAGAGUGUUCCCUACAGGAGCAAAUCCAGGAGGGUCCAUUCUAGAAACCAAUGGCCCCUAUAUAGCCCCUAUAGGGGCUACUAAAAAUUUGCAAAAGCGACCUCUAUUGAAGACAUUCUAGUCAAUAAUUGAUAUGAACUCUAAGCGAAGAAGCAUUUCCAUAGGAAAAACAAUAAACAACCGUUUCUGAAUGAAAUUGAAAGACCCCUAUAGGGUCCACUUGAGGUUCAACGGCUAAGGGGUCAGACCCUGGACCCCUAUUGGGAAAACCUUAAUUUUACCCCUGGAGUGACCAAUCCCUUUAAUUUUCCAUGAUUAGGCAAGUACGGUUAUUGAUGAUUUCAAUAUCGCAAAUAUUUGUAACCUUUUGAAAAUUCAUUUCGAAACGUAGAAUUUUAUGGCUAAUUUUUCUCUGGCAAGAGAGGUCAUUUCACUUUGCAGCUGGGAAUUCCUAGAAAAAUUGGCUGGAAGACUCUUUGAUGUACAAGAAAACUAUCCUGAAAAUAUUGAUGUUUUUCUCCUUGUGAGAGCUUUGAUCUUUUUGGAAAUGGAAACAGGGCUCUUUUUGACGUAAGAGAGGUACCUUAAAUUAUCACCAGUUUUUUUAAAUUAAAAAUUUGAACUUUUUUUUCUUGCAUAAUAUUAGUUUCUAAAUUGCGAAAAAAAGGUCUUAAAAUAUUCCAAAAAAAUCGCUUCAUUAUCUCACUGGAAACUAAAAUUUUAUAGAAAAAAAGACUUCCUUUUUUUAUUUUUAGCAGUUUUCUGUACCUCAAGGUUGUACCAUAUUUCUAUGGGGCUUUCCAGGGAACUCAAUUCCUUCGUUUUUCCGAGGAAAAAAAGAGCUGGCCUUGACUAUAUAGACAAUAAAACACGGCUUUCCGCAGCUUGCCAGGAUUAUGCAAAUUUGGUUUGGUGUUUCUCGAAGCGAAGAGGACCAAAUGAUUAAUUAGCUGUUGCUCUUUUUCCUCCUCUCAACACCCUUCGUAUUUGUUGAGCUUGGGACAGAACCUUGGGUAUUUUGGUUCAGGGAAUAUAGUUAACAUCAAUACAACGUUUCGUUUUGGGUCUUCCAACAAACAAAAGUCAUGGGCAAGACUGAAAAGAACUUCUAAGGAUUUGAUAAACAUUCUGACCUGCCUGCGCCCUCUUUUCUCUCCUAAAUCUAUAAACACAUUAAUUUUCGGCCAACAGACUAUACCAAGGAUCAGAAUGAAGCUUCAAAAUGCACAAAAAAAACACGAAUUUGUUUUGAACACAGAAAAAUAAAGUUGAAAAUUAAAAUCCACGUUCGGAUGAUUCAUUUCUCACAUUUUGCGCUCGAAAAUUGUGAUGAAUGACCAAAGGCGGCGCCUUUUGAAACCAUGACUCAUUGGCGUAUCCUGUUUCUCGCCUUCCGAUUCCAUUUCCAUCAAUCCCGGGGACCAUUGUUUAUUUGGCGUCAUGCCAAGCUCUCAAGCUGUAUACAAAUGUGGACAUGGGAUCCAGGUGUGAAAUCGAUCCAUGGGAAUGUAAAGAGGUCAACUCGGCUUUAUGCAGCUUCUUCUCGAAGUAACUCUCUUUGGAACGCCAGAGUGGUCUUUAUAGGGACAACUUCAGGAGCCUUUAAAUGGUCCUCCAAGGAGGAUCGCCUAAAUUUGACCACUGGAAGCAAAUUUUGACCCCUAUAGGGGCUGUUUUUCCCUUGACCACUAUAGGGGCGACUCUGGGGUUUCUUAGUGGGGGAUGGGGGUUUCUAAGUUUCCAGUUGGGGAUCUAAAGAUAUGUGCUUUCUCUACUAAUGGAGCAAAUUAAUGAACAUUACGAAUCGGAAAAGGACAAAAAUUGCGAGUUUUUGAUAGAAACCUCCUAGGAAUCCUAAAAAAUCCCAUUUUUUCUUUGAAAAGGGAGUUAAACUUUGAAAAAAAGAGUUUUUCGACACUCUUUGAAACGUUUGGUUCUUUGAACUCGUUUUAAAACCAGAGUUAGGUUAUUUAAAAAAAAAAGAACUUUUUUAGUCCUAAUCAUCAUCUCAUGGGGCUUCAGAGGAGCAUAGAAAAUAGUUCGGAAAGUUGCCGGAGGCGGUUUUGAUGUUGAUUUUCAUUUUUUAAAAGCUUCAAAAGCUUUGAUUGUCAUGAACUGAUCUGAGAAAGCUUCAAUUGUUAUACGAAGUUAAAUAAUUUGGAAGGAAAAAGGCAAAAAAAAACUUCCAUUACCAUAAAAGGAACUGAAUAGUUCCCAAUGAAAUAUUCAAUUCCUGAUGGGAUGAAAAGUGGUGAGGGGUUGAAGAAAAAAGAACUGGCUUUUGAAUAAUUGAAGGGAACUGCGCGGAACACGUGCUCUGCGAGCAACUCUGCAUGACCCUGUCGGAGCAGGCCUACGAGUGCGCCUGUUGGAGCGAGCACAAGCUCCAGGAGGACGGCUUCUCCUGCAGAGGUAAACGAAAAACACGGUUCUUGGGAAGAAAUAAAAAAAGAUUUUUUUAAAAAUAAAGUUGAGGGGGGAGGGGGAGGGGCGUUCUAAGAUUUAGGUUGUUUCUGUAGAUGUUUGUCUAAGCCCCACAUGCUCCCCUAGAGUGACCACUUUUGCAAUCGGAGUCUACGAGAGCCACUCUAGUGACUACUAUGGCGCACCUAAGAAGGUUUUUUGAAAUAUUUUACAGUUUCAACCCAAUGAACUUUUGUCCCGGUUGAAUUUUUGAUGAAAUUGAGCUGAAAUUUAUUUUAUGGUCUUUUAAUAUAAGUAUGAAAAAGAGUUAGAGAUUCCGCGGCAGGGGGGGUCUAAGACUUAGGUUGUUCCUAUACAGUUUGUCCCGGAGCCCCUCAAGCUUGAGUGGUUUCUAUAGUGAUCUUACAAGAUUUGUACUGAUUUGAAAGUUUGAAACGUGUUAGGGACUACCCGCAUGCUCCCCUAAAGUGAACACUCCCCUUAAAAAGAAGAAGUAAAGCGGUCCCUUUAGGAGAGUCUACAAGAGCCACUGUAGUGACCCCUAUGGCGCUCCUAGGUUCUUAUAUUAUUGAUAUAAGCUGGCUGUCUGUCAGAAUGGUUCAAAUUUUAAACAGUUUUGAAUCGAAACCUUAUUUUUCGCAAUUUUGAGUUUGAAUAUUUGAAUAUUUAUUUCACUCUAAUACGAGUUAUUCAGCAAAUACCAACGUUCCAUACUCUGUGGAGAAGUCAACGAAGACGACAUCAAUCAGAACGGAUUCUGAAGAAGACGAUGACGUCGAGGAGCAAGUGAUCCGUCUGACGACCCCUUCUCUGCCGAAGGGGAAGUUGUCGGCUUUGUCUUUUAAGGUCGCCAAUUGAUUAUUUGCAAAAUUGAGUCUUAAAAAGGAAAAGUGGAAUAAGGACAGCUUUUGAUAGACCAUUUUUAGUUUUGAAGUUUUUUCGGAUGUAGUAAGUUCAUCACUGUCUUUUCGAAUUGGCGAUUUUUCUUGUAAUUACGCAAAAAUCAUCGGAUUUUUCUCAAUAUUUUAUGUUUCUAAAGGUUCUUGUUCUUUGAAAAAGUCGAUUGAAAGGCGAAAAUCAUGUUUUUUCGAUCAAUUUUUUUCUAAAAAUCAGUUAAUUUUUUCUGAAAAGUGUUCGAUUCAUUCAAAUUUUCUUUGCGACUGUAAUCUUAUACUUUGAAAGUUAAAUAGCGAAUCUUUAUAGAAAAGAAAAAGGAUGACAUCAGAUUAAAAAGUAUAUCUGAAAUAGAAUAAAAAGAAACAGCGAUCUCCCACAUUUAGGGCUCAAACUACGCCGAAUUCCCGAUCGGUGAAGACGCUUACCUGGAAACCAACAUCACGAUUCAAUUCAGGUGCGCCCGAAAAUGUAUCUCAAAUCAGCCGAUUUUUCAGACUCGACGAGAAAAGAGACGGAAUUCUGUUGUUCGCCGGCCAAAUCGUCGGCGACGACUUCUUGGCCCUGUCCAUUGAUGGGCCCAACAUCGUUUUUAGGUCUUUUUUCUUGGGAUCUUUUUUUAUGGUCAUUAUAAGCUUGCUUUUAAUUUAAUGUUCUUUGUUCUGUUUUCAAACGUUUUCCGAGAAAAUCGGGCCAUGAAAAACUGGUUUUUUUUGUUGAGCUCAUACUUUUAUCACAAUGAGAAAACAAGCCUUCAAAACGUUAAGUCAGGGUUUUGACAGGCCCCGCCCCUUUUAAGGAUUACUGUAGUCAAAACACGAAAAAAAUUUUAUUUUAAUGCCAAUGGUUAGUCGCAUAUAUCAGAGAACUUGUGUUAUAUUUUUCAGUGAAAUAUGAAAAUUUAAUAGUGGAAAAGAAAGUUUGAGGCUUGAAAAUUGCCAUCCUGUAGGAAUUCGACUUUUUCAACUAUUUCUUUUGAAUUUUCUGGGUUUGAAGAUUAAUGAAAGGGAAAAGUUAGGUAAGACAGCUUAGCUCUGUAUAAUCCGAGAAAAAAGUCAGGUAAGGACUUUUUAGAGCGGCUCAGAUAUGUUGAUUCAGAAGUCAUCAGAAAAAAUGUCCGAAUUUUGUCUUUUUAGUAGAGUUACAAAAGAUAAAAGGCGCAAAACCUCCUUUUUUUGUAAUGUGGUUUGCAAAUUUAAGAGAUUUUCAUUACUUCACAAGAACGCAAAAGUCGCCUUUUCCGACAGAAUCUGAAUCAGCAUGUCCGAAAGUACUAUUUUCAAGAACUCCGUUUGAACUUCCCAAUACUUUACUUCUUGAAAAUGAUCCAAACUGGGGUUUUUGGACCUAACUAGACCAUUUUUUGAGUCCCUCCUUUUGAACCGAACUAGACCAUUUUUUCAGUCCCUUCUCCCGAGUUUUCAUGAAAUUUAAGUCAGUGAUACCUUCCGAAAGUCAAGCUCCCUUCCCGGAGCGUAGUGCCUCACGUAUCAACUGGACUUUUCGGUUUCAGACACGACUGUGGCGAAGGCACCAUCGAAGACAUGUACCACGGGUCUUUCGUCGUCGGCGAGUGGCACGAGGUGACCGUCUGGCGCAAAAACUGCGAGAGCACCCGUCUGAAGAUCGACGACGGCCAUCCUCUCGUCGACUUCGCCGCCGAGUUCAAUGUUCGUCCUCGUCUUCUAGGCUUCUUCGAAAACUCAAACUUCAAGUAGAUAAUCAACUGCCGCGUUAAUCUUAAGAACGCCAGAGUGGUCUUUAGAAGGGUUAGGUGGAUAACAGCCCAUAUAGGGGACAAAUAAUUCUCCUUAGAGGGGGAAAAUUUAGGGGGUUCCUAAAGGGGUUUGAGGUCUUCCCCCUUCAGCUCAAGUGGUCCCUGUAGGGGUCUUUUAACUACUUUUGCGGAAAAAUGGUAUUUAUGAUUAGAAAGCGCUACUAUGGAGUGGAAAUGGUUCUUAUCAUAGAUUUCAGAAAAAUAAAAGACUAGCAUACUUCCCUAGAGUGGCCACGAACUCAAACCCCUUAAGUGGCAACAUGUGGAAGCUUUAGUGCUCCCUUUAGAGAAAUUUUUUAGUUUUGAACAAUAAUUCAGACAGUUCAAACCAGAUUUCCUAGGAGUUACUAAAAUUGGACUUAUUCAAAGAAAGUCAUAUUUGGUUCAAACUCGGACCUCAGAUCAUUUUUUGACCUUUUCCACCCUAAAGCUUUUUAAAAGUUUUUUUCAAAGUCAAUGAAAGAAGAAAAGUUGACCGCGCUUUAAUUAAUAAAAUUUCCUGCCUCACCUUUUUUAUUUUUCUCGAGAAAUAAGACGGUAACUUGCUUUGUAAAGUACGCAAAUUAUGGCAAAAAAGCGUUUUUUUUUUUUUGGAUUUUUGAAGCGUCCUAACUCGAAAACGAGAUCUAUUGCGAGAAAUUUUUCUUGUUCUGGAAUCAGGAAGCCCUAAAGGACACUUCAGCAAAGUUUCAUCAAAAGUACAACCGAAGGGUAAAAACAUUUCCCUAGUUAGGAAUAGAUUAAAUUAUCUUGUUGAGUUUGAAUUUGUAUUUUAAUCAAUAAACUUCAUUUUAUUUACAAAAUAAGAAGGGUGAGUUAAGUUGAAAUUGGUACGUUUCAAUGCAAAUAUAUUAAUAUUUGGAAAAUUUCUGAAAUUUUCUAUUUGCUAACCGGUUAACCAGUUAACUUACUAUUUUGUGAGACUUAUGCUUAUUUUUUCAGAACUACAAGGGGAUCACGAUGGACGAGGGCGUUUUCAUUGGCGGCGCGCCAAGAAAUAUCGAGUUCCUGCAGGAAAAGGCCGGAACGGCCGACGGAAUCCGAGGAUGUGUUCGGAAGGUUUCGAAUUCAAAAAAAAUGAGAUAAAAUGAACCUUUUUGUUCAGCUUGUAAUCAACGAUCAUGUACUGCUUGAUGUUGUGGAAGGCGUCAACAAGGCGGUGAACAAAGAACAUCUUGGUUAUUCUUUUUUUAUUUAAACAAAACAGGGUAAUAAGUAGGUUUAUGAGAGGAAAAUCAUUCAGGAAUUUUCUCAGAAAUUUAAAAGUCUAGAGGAAAAAUAAUUUUCCAUGAGAAAGUUUUCAGCAAAGUUAUGACCUUCGAAAAGUAGAUUUUACUAGGAAUUGAAACUUUUCAAGCUUAAAAUUUUUCGAUUCAUUCUUCAGUUGGAGCUGGCAAACCUAGAGAAAUCAUUUUUAGGCGUCCGAAUCCAAAAACCGAGUUUUAAAUCUCGUAGUUUGAACAAGCUUCAAUGAAAAAGAACGUUCUAAGGAGUUAUAGUCCGUUUUUUCCCGACUUGAAAGGUCCUGAUUCCUCUGCGCUCUCUUCUUCUCUCGGCAACUCUCUCAUGUUUACGUGUUAUUUUCAUGUUUCUCCGACCUCGCUGUCGAGAGAAUAGAGAAAAGCAGACACUCAGAAACUUUCAAGUCACGGACUAUAUGAUAUCAAAUAUUAACAAUAGCAAAGCUGGGAUUCUUCAGAAUCGUGUGGAAGAAAAGUGACGACCACACCUGAACCGUAUGAAAUUUACAAACACAAAAAACCACCGCCGAGGGUCGUUUUCGCCUACGACCUCACUCAACCUGGAAUCCCGCAACUUACCGAAGGUGAGGCUCUUUUUUAGGAAAGAAAGGGGCAUUGCUCAUGUCAGCCAAAUCGUUCAUGCGCUGAAUAUAACUGCCUAGCUCGGAGGGAUAGGAAAGCGUGACGGUAGAUUGACGAUAUCGCAAAGAUGUCGCACUUUCCUCUCGCGGGUCUCGCUUCUCUCACGCACUCAACAAAAUUUCAAAAUUUGCGAUGUCGCGCUCAGCAAAAUGCGAUAUCGCGCCAAGGAAAAUAUGAUCUCGCGUCAAAGAAAAUGCGCGAAUGCACCAAGGGAAAUGCGAUAUCGCGGCAAAUAAAAUGCAAGAUCGGGACGAAAAAAAUUUUAAAUCGUCUCUUAAAAAUAGAAUUUUGGCGAGAUCGUUUAGCCGCCAGCGACAUCGCGGCAUUUUUCUUAAUUUAGAGGAAUUUAAUUUUGAAAUCAAAUAGGAAUGCUCCAAAAAAAAAUUUGGAAGAAAAGAAUAAAUUUAGGUUUUUUUUUUCCUUUUUUUAUAGAAAAAGUUGCAAAAAAAAAUAUAAAAAUUUGCUCGAAGAAAAAUUUCAUUUUCUCAAUGCCAAGGAAAAAUGCCACUUUACAGAGCGCAACGUCGUUUUUUUGCUCUGGUUUGAAGAAUCAUCAUUAAUAAGGACGUUCAAAGUUCAUGAUGCUCGAAAGAUCUUCUGACCCGUUCAGAAAGCAAUUUUUUUCUCCUAAUUACUGUCAACAAUUAUUCAUUAGCGUAAUUAGGGAUAAUUUAUAGCAAACAUCCCCUUUUUAUUCAAAUGCCAUGAUUCAGGGUCGGAUAAAUCUCAGUGAUUAAAGAAGAUGAAUGGGAUGAGUCAGGUUUCAAAGUAGAGAUGCAAAGGCUACGUUUACUUCCAUUCUUUCUAUAAAAAAUCCCACUACACGGAAACUAUGAGGUAUUAAAAAAACUGAAAAAAAUCUUUUGUAUUUAAUCCACUAUUAAGCCAAAGCGUGUGGCUUUCUGAAAAAAAUCGGAAGUGAUCAUAUUUUUGAUGAGAGCAUUUUUUUGAGAGCAUUUUUGAGAGCAUUCCUAAUGAGAGCAUUUUUGUUGUUUUUCCUUUUCUUUUUGUGUGAAACAUUAUUAUUAGAAAUGAAUUCUUCGAAAAAAAAAGCUCCGAACUUUUUUUCCUACGACGUUCCGCUGGAACGAAAAUUUAUACCGUGGAGAGUUUUUUGAAAUUUUUCUUGGAAUUGUUCCCCUUUUCUCAAUAAAGCAUGUUUAUAGAUUUUGAAAAAAUGUUAUAAUUUCUGUAAAGAAUAUUCAAGGUUUGAAUAGGCGCUGAUGAGUAUGUUGAAAGUCAUUUGAAUACGAAAAAAUUCAAGAGAUCUUGUUUUUUUGUUUUUUUUCCUGUAACCUUGAAACGUGUGGAAAUUGAGGUUCAAAAAAAUAUUUUUUUUAGUACGUCACUCCGCUGAAACGCGUCAGAUUUUUGAAAAGAAACUUAAAAGAAGAUUUUUUUUUUUGAGAGCUCAUACUUUAAUUCUUUUAUGACAGUAUUCUGCGUGCAGAAAUUCAAAAAACGUCUUUUAUUCCAAGAAAAUAGGCUCAGUUAUUAGGUAAACUAAACGUAUUUCAAAACGCGAAAACGUCUUUUUAAUGCCAAUUUCAACGGCGCCCUACUUCCUCUCAUUUCAGAAAUUUCCCAAAUUGAGUUUUUGAAUAAUUGGGAGAAACUGCCCGAUGGGAGAAAGUGCUUGAAUCUCCCUUGAGAAUUCGCCUCCACACACACUUUUUUUCCUGUUUUCACGCGCCUUAAUUAAGCAAAAUCAGGAGGAAUGUACUUUCUGAAAAAAUGUUGGCAAUUAAUUUUGAUGAAGGUUAUUUUAGUCUCACGGUGGUUUUCGCUGCCAAAAAAAAAGAGCCCCGAAAGGUUUUGUCAAAUUGAGCGGAAAGUUCGCGCCCCAUGGCCGAAAUUGCUUUUUUGAACUUUUCCUGCAAAAGGUGUGACUAUAAACUCACCUGGAUUCUCCUCUUUCAUAUUCGUAGGGUUUUGCGAACAAUUGUAUGUUAAAUCAGUUGAGAAGAAAACUGGGAUUCGAAUGGAACAAUAAAAAUAAGAUUGAAAGAAAUUUGAAUUUAAUUUCAAAAACUGAUGUUGUCCAUAGAGCGGAAAUGACAUGCAAAUUUUCGCCGUUCGUCAGAAAAAAAAAGUGUUGUUUGCUCACAAUUUGGAGGAAUUUACUGAAAAACCUUUAUUUGAGAAAAAAAGUAUGAAUAUCAGAUUUUAAAUUCAAUUUUUGUCUUUAAACUGCAAGUAUGCCAAUUUUUGGCGCUCCCGAAUUUGGCUGGUUCUUUUUUCAAGGCCUAUUUCAGCUCCGAAAUUUUCGAUAAAAGCAUGAAUAAAGGGAAUCUCUGGUCUAACUUAAAAAUUUGAGCUUUUUCCAUAGAGCGCAAAUGAUCUGAAAAAUUUUGGCCGUUCUAUGAUUUUGUUAUAUAAACUUUUUUUCGCGUUUUCGAGAUUCUUCCAAGUUUUCUGAUCCAUAGAAAAGCUCCAAAGUUCAAAAAAACUUCAAACUGUAUUUUGAUACGCUAGAAAAGCGAAAAAAGCGUGCGAAAUUUCGGCUAUUUUACUUUCGAGACUCAAUUUUGAAUAACUCCUGACGCUCCAUUCACUAAUUAAACGGGGCAAUAAAGAAAAACAGGGAAAAAAUUGAAGUGGGCGGGUCGAGUGCGCGGGAAAAGAAGGCUUUUGGAUGCAAAUGGGAAGCCACGCCCCCUUUCCAAACGGCAUGCUUCUUGCGACGUCGCCUCUCUAUUGAAUCAGGAACAUUUGGAUCUCCUCUGUUUAUUUUACUCAAUUUUGAGUCCUGUUGAAAAGAGUUAAUUCUGGUCAUGACCCUGGCAUUUAUUGGCCUGAUUUGGCUGACAUGUGCGAGUGCCAUGCCAUUCGACUACUACGGCAUGUUCAUCGAGCAAAUGAUCUCAGAGCAAAUCGCCGAACUCGGCAAGCAGAAGCAUCUCCGGGAGGCCAGUAGCAGUACCACUACCUCGACGACGACGGCGCCUUCUACCACGACGACGACGACCACCACGACACCAGCCCCACCUGGUUAGUUUUUGGCUCAGUUAAGGUGAAAAGGCUUAUUCUCCGUCCCACCUCUGUUUUAUAAAACUUCUUUACGUCACAUCCAUGACUUACUCAUUCAGACCUUGCCCAUGCAUGGUUUUGAGAACGUUUUUUAAUGAAUGUAAGAAAGAGCCUUGAUUUUGAAGACUUUGGUGGCUCAAAUCGAGACAAUUUACUUUGGUUAGGUUCAUAGUGAAAUUCUGGAGGCAAGUACGGAACUAGAAUAGCCCAGGAGGAAGGUUGACUUAAAAGAAUUUUUGAAAAGUAAGAAAUAAAAAUGAAUUUUGACCUGAGGGAGGUAAUAUUGACAGAAAUAGAAAUAUUGCUUGGCCACAAAAGGUGAUUUUGAUUUUAACUCACCAAGAAUCGUGGGGAGAGAUCAACGGCCUUUAGAAAGGGUGUGUAUGGUAAAGAAAUCUGUGCAAACUUGUCACGUUUUUUAAGAAAAACAUUUUUUUUUUGAAAAACACAGUAAACAGAGCUUUUUUGCGCCCUUCGCUUCAAUACCUGUUAUCAGAAAGUAUGCGCUAUUUUGACCAAAAAAAAAUUUAUAAGGACCUGCGGAAUAGGCUAUAGAUGUGCUUGGUGGAAAAAAAUAGAAAAAAAAUUUUAAAAAAAUAAGGAAAAACUUAUUUUUCGCUAUAUUUUUAUACGACGAAUCUGGAUCGAUGCAUUUAUUGAAAAAAAUCAAGAACGUUUUUUUUGAGAGGGUGACUUGGAAAAAAAGUGAAGUGAGAAUGAAGGGUAGAAAUUAAAGUAUUAAUUAAAUAUAGAUUUUUUUAGAAACGUUACCUAAAGAGGAAAGAUGCGUUGGAAAUUUUUUCAUUAUCCAUUUUUUUUAAAGCUAAUAGUCUUUUAUUCUGUCGGCUUUGAAGAUGAAGGUGAAGAGAAGUAAAUUUUGAAAGUCAUGUGGGUUUAAUGAUAGUUUCUUCCUCGUAUCUGAUUUUAGACUAUGAUUGCGAAAUGCAGGGGAACGAAGCUCAAGAUGUGCUGAGCUGUAAUUAUAGUUUUUCCUGGUGCAAAGAACAGUUGAUCUUAGAUUUUGAUAGGGAAAAGAGCUUUCGAUUUUAUUGACCUACACGGAUAUUUUGAGAACUUUUUUUGGAUCUUUUUGUGAAACUCUAUUUUUUUUUUUCAUUUUAGUUUGGUUUAAGGCAUCAGUGAACCAACUACAAUUUUGAAGGAUUAUGAAAAUCGCUAAGAUCGAAUCGAAAGCUUUUCAAGAUUAUUUUAAUCGUUGUACCUUUCAAGGAAGCUCCAAUCGGAUAUAUUAGAGUAGUUUCCUUCAGGCCACAUGUUCCUUUUUGACACUUAGAAGGGCUUUUCGGGGGCUCCCAUUGACGGAAAUGAAGAUUAGAAAAAAUGGAGACCAAUUUAAAGAGGCGUAGUAUUUAGUUUAAUCGAUAAACUCGCUUUUAAAGUGUUUCUUGUCAAGAAAUGAAUAAUUUCGAACACAAAAAAGUCUUACGAGGAUAAUAAUAGAAAGGUCUGGUUUUAAUCGAAUCUCUGGAGCUUCAAUCUUGUUAUCAGCCUCAUUAGACGUGUUUUGAUCAUUUAUUUUUGUCUAGAAAGUUGUUUUUUUGCGGCGACCGGAAAACCUUUGAUUCGUCUUAAUUAACGAGAUUCUUCAUAACAAAAGUGCUUUUCCGAGUUGGAUAGGUUGAAAAAAAGAAGUUAGAAACGCCUUUUUAUCAGCUCCCCACGUCCAAAAAUCCAAAUCGCAGCUGUUUUGAAAAAAACGUUUUUUUUUUUUGAAGAAAGGAAGUCUAUUUCAGCCACUAUAAUUCCUCAUUUUAAAUCAUCAGCUUUUUCGACAACCGUUGCUAGGUAAUUUCAAUAUGGCGUAUUUUUCCAUUGAAGAUAUUUCCAUACAUUUCUCAAAAUAGAAAUUAAAAUUUUUACAUGAGAAAUUUUUUUCCAUUUUUUGAAGAAACGAGGCUGUACUUUCGAAAAUAUGUAGUGUAGUUAGGAGAUCCUUGAAAAAAGCAUAUGUAGUUUAGUCAGUUGAUUGUUGAACACUGAAAAUAAAUAGACUUAAAAGGGCAUGUUAGGUCAUCUAUGAUGAGGUCGAGGGAUCAUUUAACUAAUUAAUUAGUAGAUUAGAGAGAAAAAAAAACAGCUGCUUCCAAGCGUGAACAUACGCUUCAUAGAUGAUUAUCCUUGAAUUUUGUUUUGGAUGGGAAAUGUCGGAUUUUUCUGGUUUACCACAAGAUUGAAGGAAAAACAAGCUUUUUAGAAAGUGAGUUUUUUUUUUUGCAGUACCAGAAAGUUCAAGGAAAAGUACUCUGAAAAAAUUGGUGAAAAGUGUGAAAUCGCGCUCUGUGAACAAAUCAAGUUCGAUCAGGUUUCAAAUACUCAAAAAUCCGAUUUUUCCUAUCAUAUUCAACAACUGUAUAGUUAUCUCGCUAUCUUACUACAUACUCUCCAUUUUCUCUAAUAGUUACCGUAAUCCCUAGCGAAGCUUGGAAAAUAAAAAAGAAAAAAGAACUCUGAGGUCGCCUCGUCAAUUUGCAAAAAGAAAAGUCGUUAGGAACACUUUUCCGGGAAUUGUAUUGCCUGAAAGCACGUCAAAGAGCCCUCCGUUUUCUCCCUUUUCCUCCGAUUUCUGUUCUUUUUUCUACAUGAAACUCGUAUCGCUCACAAACGGCAAGGAAAUGAAGCUCAUAAAGUUUUUUUCCUUCGUUUCUUAAUGGAACUAAUAAAAGAGCAAAUGAGAGGUUUUAUUGCCUUUCCUUUUGAGAACAACAUGAGGUUUGACGUUGAAGCUUUUCUGAAUGGUUUCUGAUUAGUUAUUGAGAAACUACAUGUGUUUAUGGGAAAAGGCCUGGCAAAAAUGGGAAUAUCAUGACCGAACGGUGAGAAAAAGUAAGUGAAAAAAUAGCCAGCACAUUCGCGCUCCAAGGAUAAUAUUGCUCUUAACUUACUAUUUUCGCUACUUUCUAAUGUUAAAUUGCGGGGAAGUAGUCUUGAAGUGAUUUUCUCGAGUAAAUUGGGCUCCAUUGAUAAAUUUGACGCUUUCAUCAAUUUUUUUAAGUCCUAAGAAGUUGUGAGAAAAUAGCCACGUGAGGGGUUUUUCUGAAGGAGUGUUCUGCGCUCUACGGCUCAACUGUGAAUUUUAUUAUUUGAAAAAGAAGAAAAAUCCAUUCUAUGUGACUGUUAUGGAAAAAAUAAGCCGAAAAGUUCGCUUUCAAGGAAUUCGCGCUCCAUGGACAAUAAUAUUUUGAUUUAUUUUCCCACUCUAACAAUGUGAAAAAACGAGAGAAAUCGCUCAUUUUUUUUUGUUUCAGUAUGAAUUUUCUAACUAUCAGGAAUUUAUCAAUGAAGCGCAAGAGAGAACUUUCAUCAAGAAUUUUUUCCGUAGUUUGUCAUCAAUGAGUCUUUUCUGUUUUUCCAGAAACCACUGCUCCUUCUUGGCGCAUCGGGCACUUCCAUGGCGAUUCUCGGGUCGUCGUCCGGGCACCCGACGAUAUUUUAUCCUACCUUGAACUCCAGAUCCAGUUUAAGGUUCGUUUUGCCUCGAAAAAUGGUCGAUUUCCAUGAAAACCCGCUGGAAAUUAUAUCGAAAGGAGUCACGCGAUCUUCCGCUUUCCCUAGCCAUUUUUCAAAUUUUUUCCCCUUUCUUGAACUUUUUUUAUUCGGAUUCUCUCACGCACCCUUGAGAUUUGGCCUCUGUUUGGUUCGCUUGGGAAACAAGGGUUUUUGUAGUCAUGGAUUUUCGGGUUUUAUUACGGAAAGAAUUUUUCACGAAGAAGGAAAAAUUAAAAAGUAAUGAGGUUUGAUGUUUUCGGCGUCGAAAAAAAUGCAAGAAAAAUGCUUUCUGCAAAAAAAUUUUUUUUUCAAUUUUUAAUAUAACUUUCUAAAUUUUCGAGCGGUUACUAUAAUGUUUCAAAGUAACGAAAAAAAUUUCCCAUUUUUUUAUUCAUUUUUUUCUUGAAUUGUUGAUAAUUUUUUUAACAAAAAGGUUAUAAAAAAAUCAUUUGAAUGAGCUUUUUUUCCAGCCCGAACGACCAGAAGGAGUCCUGUUUUUCUGGAGCCGCAGCGAAAAAUAUCUGGUCGUGAAGUUGGAGAAUUCCCUUCUGAAGACCUAUGUCAGCCUCGGCGCUGAUCAAGUCAUCCUCACGUUAGUUUUACCUUCCUCGAUUUUUUUAGAAAUGAAACAUGUACUUUUUUUUAGAAAUAGUUUCUAGUCGCUUUUUAUAAUUUUUUUGACCUCUCUAACCGUUUUUUGUUAGCUAUCAAAGAUUAUUCCUCUUCUUUCGAAAACUGGGCUGCCAAUUUUUUCUUUAAAAGCUUGUUUGCUCCAUUGAGAAAAAUAAUAAUGGGGGUAAAAAAAAAAGUUUUUUUAAAAAAAGUAGCAAUGACAAAAUUUUUCUUGAAGCGGUUGUUUGCUCUAUAACUAGAAAUAAUAGUGAAAAAAAUAUUAUUUUCGCUCGGUUUUGUUUUUAGAAAAUCCAAAAAUUUUUUUCAGUUCGGACAACGUCUUGAGCUUGUAUCAUUGGCACAAGGUUGAGGUCUGGCGAAGCGGUCGCGGAAUUCUUAUGAAGGUAAUUUUUCAUUCACUUUUUUUCUUAGUUUGAAAGAAAUAAAAAAAGGAAAAAAAUAAAUUUAAAAACUUUGGAAAAAAAAACUCGGACUUCUCUUCUUUUUUUUUUAACUCUUCUCUCUUCGAAAAUAUGGUCAUUCUCAUCAAAAAAAAAAAAGUGACAUUUGCUAUUUUCGUUAUUCGCGUUCAGGUGUGUGAUUUAUCCUGAAAACAUACGUAAAAAACAGAUUUCUUGGGAAAAGUGAAUAAUAAAAUGGCAUAUCCGGAUAAACAGAGUGAGACACCUGUCUAUAGAAGUUAGAGAUCUGAGAUUUCUAGAAGGAAGUUUCAAAAAAAAAAGGAUCUAGAUUGAUAAAAUAGCUCAGGGACGCUUUUGAGCAAUGAAAAAUUUAUCCUAAAAGCCGGAAAGUUGACUGGGAAGAAAAAGCCAUUUCGAGAGUUUAUUGUGCGCCCUAUCGCUAAUUUUCUGAGUCGUAGAGAAAGUUAGAGGCUUUUUGUUGAAUUUUUGAUUUAUCUUGUGGAGCAUAGACCUCAUAAUUAAUGAGACCAGCUUUAAAAAAUCUGGAAGUGCGCUCCAGCGAACAAUGCCCUUUAAUGGCUGCCCUCUUUUUUUCGAAAAUUUAUUAGUUGUCUACUGAAGCGCUCAUGAGGAAGUUCGGCAAGGAGAAGGCGAAAAUAUAGUUUAAAAAAUUUCCCUUAGAGUCAAAGAAAAUCAUCAAAAUCCGUUAAAGUAAGCCUUUCUCAGGCCUUGUCGGCUGAUUUCAAUGAAACUUAAAUUUAGUCAUUUUUUAACUUCCUUGUAAGAUUAGUUAUAAUAAAGCUAGGUUGUUGGGAAUUAUUAAUUGCCUGAGAAAUGAAAUAUACUUCACAGGUGAACAAGCAAUCUUGGGUCGAAGGACAAUUGGAUGGGGAAAACGACGACGAAGACGGCGAAUCCCAUCUCGUCGUUGGCGGCGCCGCAGGCAGAAUUUCUCAAUUCUCUCUUCAAGAAGGAUUUUAUGGAUGCUUGAAGAAGGUUUGAAAUGGACUAACGCGGUUUUAAGUCCGAAAAAUAGAAACUUUUAGACAGAAAAGGUAAAAUUGAGAGAUUAGUGGAAGUCCGAAGAGACGACAGAGAAACAUAGAGAAUAUCUUUCUCUGCCGUCUUCAAAUCAUGUCUCACAUUUCGGGAACAAAAAAUAACAAUUGAAAAUGAGAGACCGCUGUCUGAAGUGGAGGGUGAAGAGAAAUUGAGAUCCUCUCGUUUCUUUGUCGUUUCUUCAGGAUGUCGUUGCCUCUCUUACACUUGCCAUCUCUCAGUUCCCUUCGUAAACGGAAAAAAGAAAGGUUGGAAGACGGCAGAAAAGUCGGAGCCCUGUUUUUCUCUGGCGUCUCUUCAGAUGGUACAGCCUCUCUCUCUUUCGCUGAUUUUCUCGGAAAAGAAAUAAGGAAGAAAGAUGGAGCUGCAGAGAUUGUGAGACCUUCUCGUUUCUCGGUCGUCUCUUCAAGGCGUCCUCCUCCUCUCUCUCUCUGUCUUACACUUGCCAUCUCUCAGUUUCUUUUGUAAAAGGAAAAAGAGGAAGAUUAUAUUUGAGAGAUGGCAGAGAAGUUGAAGAAUUCUAACUUCUCUGACGUCUCUUCAUGUCUUUACUAUUUUCGAUUUUUCUUGCUUUUUUAUUGGUUUCUUAGCAAUAUCUAUCUUUUUUCCGCUUUUUUAAAAAAAUAGUCAAAAAAAAGGUUUUAUUGAGAAUUCAGUUUUCAAGUUUUUUCCAUGAUUUUCGGCUUUCCAUGACAUCAUGGUUGCUGUAGGCGGAAAAAGGAGAUUAACUUGCCUUUUUUUUUGAUUAAUUUUCCCACGUAAUUGAGAUGGAUGCAAAGGGUAUAAUAUUCAUUUUCUGUCUUUAGUUUGAAGUUCAAUUUUUUUUAGCCCUUUGAGCUUUGCCCUCCUCACUUGUUUAUCAGAAAAAUGCAAGAGGGGCAGGAAAUUUGCAUACCUUACGCGGAAGUCCAUCUUCUUCACAUUGAAAAAUGACACAAGGCAAAAAAAAAACAUGAGAAGUGCAAGUCCAGCCGCUUCCUGCUUUGAAAAGAAUAGAAGGGGAGAUAGAAUACAUUUCUUCAGAAGAAAAAAGGCUGAGAAGAGGUGCGAAUUUUCAAAAGAAUGAGUUGAAAAAAAUUGAGGAACAUUACGAAUUUGAAGUUUAUAUGUUUUAGGUUAAGGGUUGAAGUUGUUUUUGCUUGUGUUUUGUUGAGAUGUACUUUCCUUCCUGAUCAUUCGCUGAAAGGUUCUGAACCCCAGAUUUAGAUUGAGUUACAUUUUCAGAAAAUUUUCCAGAGAAGAGAAGUUAAUUUUUUUUCACUCAAUCUUACAAGUAGGUUUUCUCACUAGAUUGUAGGUAACAAGUAGGUUUUCUCACUAGAUCUACGCGCAGAAGGACGAGGCGAAGGACCGUAAGACCAUUCUUUCAACUCUUUCGACUACACGUUUGGACUUCUAGUUCGCCAAAGGCGGUUGUUCGUUAUAGCUUUUAAAGUUCUUGUUCACCGCCUAGUCGAUUACAUCAGACUAAAACAACAAAAUAAAUGAUUUGAUUUGAUUUGAUUGCAGCGCUCACACCUUAUUUGACGCCACUCCGAUCCCAACAGUUUGCUCUAGGACUUUUAAGUAUUCUUAAGGGACUUCUUUACCGCGUUUUUUCCGAUUUAUGUAGCUCUGAUCGUGGCAUAGAAAUUUUUACCGGGAGCAGGUCCGAAACCUCAUAUUUGAUGUACGAAAUGAUAUUUAGCUUUGUUUUAACAAUAAUAUAUCUAAUGAACAAUAAAAGUGUUUUUCUAAUGAUUUUUUCUUUAAAACAAUUCCUACUUGGAACAAACUCACUUCCAAAUUUCAAUUCAGCCACCACCCCAAGUCUUUAAAAAAUUUACUGGUCAAUCUACCAUUGCACGAGAUCUUCUUGUCUAUUCCUCCACGACUCAAAUGAUGUAUAACUGUAUAAUGUAUUCUCUCAAAUUCUAGAUCCAAGUGAACUCGUUAGGGUUCACGCUGAUCUGUCAAUAAAUUAUUAUUAUUUAAAAAAGUGGAAAAAUAUCGAUGUAUAAGCAAAAGGCGAUUGAGGCCCUCAUAAGUCUCUGAGCCAUCGAAAAAGAUCAUUUUGAGGUUCGGCUGAACGGAAGGACAGUCCAGCUAAGCGGUACGACGUCACACAACGUCACCGAGUGUGUCUCAGACCCAUGCGCGUCCUUCGGAUGUCCCCAGACCUGCGCAAGUCUCGGAAACGAGGCCGUUUGCCAGUGCGCCUGGCCGACCAGCGGCGACCGCUGUCAGCACUGUUCGUGACUUUUUUUAGUCUUAUUGAGUAGAAUGUUGUACAAAAUGAGACUUUUUCAUCCGUAUUUUCCCUCAUUAAACUGAUCAAAACAAAUAAAUAUUUAAACCGGUUAGAGUCUCUAGAAAUACCGUUUUUCGAAAAUUACAGCCAAUAAUAAGGGGGGUUAAAAAUGAGAGUUUUGAGAGUGGGACGUUUCAUUCGCGACCAUUGCCGUUCAAAUAAGAAUUUUUUUGGCUUUAAAAAAACUAAGAUGGUAAAAAAAUAAUAUUACUUCUGUUUGAAUGAGGGUGUUUUUGAAGUACACCUCCGACAGUUCACAUCUAAUUAGAUCCAUAUUUUUUUAUCGUCCCUUUCCAAAAAAAUUGAAAUAUUAGAGGAACUAUCAAGGCUUUUUUUUUACUAUAGACAAAAAAAUGUGCAUAAAAAAAUUAUUUUUUUGAAGCUUUUAUUUACUUUUUCCAGCCGAAAAAGGCGAGGUUGAUGCGAUGACGUUCAGUGGAACUUCGUACUUGGAACUGACUAGCGACAAGGUCAUGAAUCAGUGAGUUUGUGAUAUUUUGUGAAGGAAAAAAAGAAUGAGUUUCAAAAAUUCAAAAGAUAUAAAUUUUUCUAGUAAUCAGGAAAAACCUGGUUUACUGCUCUAAAAAAAUAUAGCUGUUUAAAGGAGCAUAGGCUAUAUUAUUAUGGAGGUCUUGAAGCGUUGAACCAUUUUCUGUGUUGAUUGCGGACAUGAAAAGACUUCGGAUCUCAAAAAAUCUGACGAUUUUUGAACAGACUGAAAAAAAUAACCGCGAACCCCAAGAAAAAAAAAGUGAUUUUUUUCAGCAUCACUGGCGAUCGACUCCGGCUAAACAUGGAAUUCAAACUUGCCAAUUUCUCAACUCCCCUUGAUCAGGCACUGUUUUCCUUUCUCCUUCUUAAGAGAGCACUUGGAAUCCAGCAAGUGGCCAUUUUAGUGGUGUUCAAUGAGAGGAUUCAGGUCUUAUUCUCCGGCGGCGACACGACAAAAGUCUCCGAUGGUGACUAUCUUCAACUCGUCGUUGACAGUAGCCAUUUCGUUCGUUUUUCGAUGAAUCUCGGCUCGGGCGCCGUCGUUUUGACUCAUCCCAGCAAGGUUAUCGUCGACCGGUGGACUACUGUCAGCGUCUUACGGUAGGUUUUGUGAUGAAAAAAAGUAUAGCUUGGAAAAUUAUUUUUCUUGGUCACUUCAGGGACCUCUCCAAGUGCCAUAGGUCAAAAACGUAGCGUCCAAAAAAUAUAGUUUUCUGAAGUUUUUCAUUAUUUUUUCGAACUAAAAGUUAGUUUCAUCAUCCCUAGAGUGGCCACUUGCCCUAUUAGCACCUGUAAAGUAAAGCCCAAACCCUUAAGGAAACACUUCAGAUCCUAUCAAAAUGAUGGUAAAAGUUGAAUUAUGUUCCCGCAAAAUAUUCAAGCGUGAUAGUGUGAGGAGUCGCAGAGGCACUAGACAGCGAGAGCAUCGCGUCUCUUCAGCCGCCGUUGAUCUCUCGCUUUUAAGUUCUGAGAGAGUCUAAUUUUUAAGUCUUAUCAUCUCAUCAAUAGGAGAAAACGAUAUAUUGAACUCGAUUGGCUUAUUAUUCCUCCUAGCAGGAAAAAAAAACCAUAAAUCUCCGUAGAGCGCAGUUUCUUUUUUCUUUUUGAAUGAUGAUAAUUUUUCCAGACGAGGCCUACACGUGACACUUUCGGUGAACGGCGAAGAUCCGAUUACGGUAGCGUUGCCUGAAGGCGCUGAACAGCUCAACGUCUACCAUGCCGUUGUCGUUGGUAAUACACUUUUUUCGUUGAGCUUUUUGAAACAUUGAGCUUUUCUUGCACCCUAUCCAAAAAACCGGUUUUUGGGGCUUUUCGGUCAACGAAUCGAUAAGGCCAUUUUUCCAGGAACCUUAAAAAUCCCUGCUAGCUGAACAACCUUCCUUCUCAGAACACAAAAAUGACAAUUGUUUCCAGGAGGCCAACCCCCACCUGCGAGCCAACCGACGUCCUACCCGACUUCAACCGGUUUCCGCGGCUGCAUCUUGUCGCUGAAGCUCGGCGAUGACGUCAUCUCGAAGCCGACGCAGGCCCAGCGCGCCGUCAACAUCGCAAACUGCCUUGUUUGA